AUGGCGCACGACGUGUCGGAGUACCUGAGCCAGAACCCGCGGGUGGCUUCUUGGGUGGAGACAUUGCGCUCCGAAGGCGAGACGGACAAACAGUGGCGCCACCGCCGGGAGUUUCUGCUCCGCAACGCCGGGGACCUCGCCCCCGCUGGCGGCGUUGGCUCCGCUAACACGGAGGGAGCUGCUGACGCCGAGAGCGGGACUCGCAGUCGGCAGCUGCAGCAGCUCGUCUCCUUCUCCAUGGCCUGGGCAAACCACAUCUUCCUCGGGUGCCGGUACCCUCAAAAAGUUAUGGAUAAAAUACUUAGUAUGGCUGAAGGCAUCAAAGUGACAGAUGCUCCAAUCCAUACAACAAGAGAUGAACUGGUUGCCAAGGUGAAGAAAAGAGGGAUAUCGAGUAGCAAUGAAGGGAUAGAAGAACCAUCAAAAAAACGGAGCAUAGAAGGAAAAAAUAAUUUUGCUAUUGAGCAAGACCAAGCAAAAAUUUCUGCAAAAACAGACCACACAACUGCUCAGCAGGAAAACAGUUCAGCAUGUGCAGGGUUAUCCAAAUCUGAAAGUGGUGAGAACUCAGGUAGGAGCUCUGGCAGCCCUUUGAAUGAGAAGAACACAACAAGUGAUGGCGAUCAGCCUAGUUCCAGCCAAAGCAACAGCAGCAUUUCCUCUCAAGUACCAAUGACAGGUGCUGGGAAAACUACUGAAUCUGAAGCUUCAGAAAAGCAUGGUUCUGCACCAUUUGUUUCCUCUUUGUUGAAAUCAAAUAUGAAUAGUCACGUGACCCAAUCCAGCGAUUCACGACAACAAAGUGGCUCACCUAAAAAGAGUAUGUUGGAAGGCUCCACAGUCUCAGAUUCUCAAAGCAGCUCAGAGAUUCAAGUGCCCUUGUUGGGCUCCUCAGGAAGCUCAGAAAUAGAGUUACCACUUUUAUCUUCUAAACUUAGUUCAGAGACAGCGUCAAGUGGAUUAGUGUCUAAACCUAGUUCAGAAUCAAGUGUUUCAUCAUCAGUUUCUAAAAACAGUUCAUCAUCAGCCACAUCCUUGCAACCUCCCAAGAGUAGCCCAUCAACAAAUAUAUCGCUGCUGACUUCCAAAAGCACUUCUCAGGUAGCUGCAUCAUUGUUGGCUUCCAAGAGCAGCUUCCAGACCAGUGGCUCUCUGGUUUCUAAAAGCACUUCUUUAGCAAGUGUGUCCCAGCUGGCUUCCAAGAGUAGCACAGCACAGUUGCCUUCCAAAAGUACUUCACAGUCAAGUGAGAGUGCUGUUAGAUUCUCUUGUUGUAAGUUAACCAAUGAAGAUGUGAAACAGAAGCAACCUUUUUUCAAUAGACUGUAUAAAACUGUAGCAUGGAAGUUGGUAGCUGUUGGUGGCUUUAGUCUCAAUAUGAAUCACGGAGAGCUUCUAAAUGCAGCUAUUGAGGCUCUUAAAGCAACACUAGAUGUCUUCUUUGUCCCACUAAAAGAACUGGCAGAUCUGCCUCAAAAUAAGAGCUCUCAAGAAAAUAUUGUUUGUGAAUUAAGGUGCAAGUCUGUGUAUUUGGGCACUGGCUGUGGAAAAAGUGAAGAAAAUGCAAAAGCAGUAGCAUCAAGAGAAGCACUGAAGGUAUUUCUCAAGAAAAAAGUGGUGGUAAAAAUAUGUAAAAGAAAAUACAGAGGCAGUGAAAUAGAAGAUCUAGUGCUCCUUGAUGAAGAGCCAAGGCCAGUAAACUUACUACCAGCAUUAAAAUAUCCUCAAGAAUUACCAUAA